CAACCGAAAAUAGACUUUGGGGUUUUUGGAACAUUGCCGGGGCUGUCUCAGCUGCGCAGAUAUAUCGGCAGCAGUCGAUUCAGUCACGCAACAAUGUUCCAAGCAGCAGCAGGUCGAUCGGGAUGGCAUUUGUUGGUGAAGAAGAAGAAUUUGAGUUAUUCGCGUAACAGUUCGGCCCUGGCAGCUGCCCGUCAGCUGUUGGAAAACGAACUGGACUCGAUUCGUCAAGCUGGAACUUUUAAACACGAAAGAGUCAUUACGUCCAAACAGGCUGUCACUGUUCAAGUUCAAGGACAGCUUCAACCUCUACUCAAUUUCUGCGCUAAUAAUUACCUGGGCCUUUCGAGCCAUCCAGAUGUUAUCCAAGCCGGCAAAGAAGCUUUAGAUAAUUACGGAGCGGGACUGAGCAGCGUUCGUUUCAUUUGCGGAACUCAGGACAUUCACAAGGUGUUGGAGAAGAAGAUUGCGGAAUUUCACGGCCGCGAAGACGCCAUUCUCUAUCCGAGCUGUUUCGAUGCUAAUGCCGGACUUUUCGAGGUCCUUCUCACUCCCGAUGACGCCGUCAUUUCAGACGAACUUAAUCACGCCUCCAUCAUCGACGGCAUCCGGCUCUGCAAGGCUAAGAAAUUUCGUUACAAACACAAGGACAUGGCUGAUUUGGAAGAGAAAUUAAAGUCAAGUCAAAAUUCACGAAUGCGACUGAUUGUGACGGAUGGAGUGUUUAGCAUGGACGGCAACGUGGCACCGCUGAAAGAAAUUGGACAGUUGGCUGACCAGUACAAUUCAAUGAUCUUUAUCGACGAAUGUCACGCCACCGGUUUUUUCGGCGCCACCGGCAGGGGAACGGAGGAGUAUUUCGGUCUUUCCAACCGAGUUGACAUCAUUAAUUCAACUCUGGGCAAAGCUUUGGGUGGAGCGGCCGGUGGCUACACGACCGGCCCCAAAGAAUUGAUUCACCUUCUACGACAACGAUCCAGGCCGUACCUUUUCUCCAAUUCACUUCCGCCGCCGGUCGUCGCCGUAGCUCAAAAGGCCCUGGAAUUGGUCAUGGGAGGAUCGGGAUUAUCACAAAAAGUGGCGGCUAACACGACACGAUUCCGCCAAGGGAUGACAUCGGCUGGAUUCAAAAUCUUGGGCGAGAAUCAUCCCAUUUGCCCAGUUUUCUUGGAGGACGCUAAAUUAGCUUCUACCAUGGCCGAGCGGAUGCUGAGUCGAGGGAUCUACGUGAUUGGAUUCAGCUAUCCUGUGGUACCUAAAGGGAAAGCACGAAUUCGCGUGCAAAUCUCGGCUGCUCAUUCGUUUGACGACAUCGACCGGACCAUCGAGGCUUUCAUUUCUGUUGGCCGCGAGUUGGGCGUCAUCCACUGAAAAAAAGAACCAAAGACAACACGCACAAGUUUCUCCAUCAACCAAUCACGGAUUUUUUCAAAAACAAAAAAAAAUUCAAUUGUAUUUUGAGCGCGACAAAAAGACAAAGCUAUUAUUUAAAAAGGGACUAGUUAAAAUAAAGGUUUGUCAAGUUGGCAACUACUA